AUUUUUAACUGGGGCGCCGGGAAAAAUUCUGUGUUUGUUUUUGUGCACGUAGCCGCCGUCAAGCUCCAGUGGCGGGCAUCAUCACUUAUAAAGAUUUUCCCCAUCCGUUCCCGCCAACUUCUCUCCCUUGCACCCUGCACACCGCAAACUUCCACACAAACUCCCUCUCCUACUCACAGUAAUACCGCAACCAUGUCGGCCAAGGAUCUCGACAUUUCCGUCUCCUACGAGCAGCUCGAGGACCUCGAGGAGGAUUUCGAGGAUGUUGAGCUGGAGCUGCUGCGCCAGCAGGCCAAGCUGUCCAAGGACCUCUACGCCAAGCGCGAGAAGGUUGUGGCUCAGAUCCCCAACUUCUGGCCCCUCGUGUUCGAGCAGUCGCCGCCUGAGAUUGACGAGUACAUCCAGCCCACCGACUCGACGCUCCUGAUGGGCGCGCUCAAAUCGCUGUCGGUCGAGCGCUUCGAGCUGCCCGAGGGCGACCCCCGCAGCCUUGCCAUCACGUUUGAGUUCUCCGAGAACGAGCACUUCGAGAACACGAAGCUCGAGAAGAAGUUUUGGUGGCGCGAGGCCAAGGACGGCUGGGCCGGCCUCGUGUCGGAGCCCGUCGACAUCAAGUGGAAGUCGGCCGACAAGGACCUGACUGGCGGCGCGCUGGCCCUGGUCAAGAAGAUCUACGAGGACGACAAGGCCGGCAAGGCGCAGGAGGAGACGGAGGCCAAGAAGAAGCUGCGCGAGCUCCUCGAGAACACGGGCAUCGGCGGCACCAGCUUCUUCUCUUUCUUCGGCUUCCGCGGGCGCAACAUCACGGCCGAGGAGAGCCGCGAGGCCGUCAAGGAGUCCCAGGAGAAGCGCAAGGCGCGCAAGGAGGGCAAGGAGGUCGAGGUCAAGGAGGACGAGGACGAAGACGAGGAGGAUGACGACGACGAGUACGAGCUGGAGAUUUUCCCCACGGCCGACGACCUGGCGGUGUGCAUCGCCGAGGACCUGUGGCCGGGCGCCAUCAAGUACUUCAGUGAGUUCUUCUCCGAACAAUGCGAGAGCUGCGGCGGGUCGGAGCACGGCGAGGAGGACGAGUGGGAGGACGAGGAGGAGGAGUAAAAACCAAGAGUCCGAGAAAAGCCCGGCUGCUAACGCCCGCCCGCACAGUCCAAGCGCAGGAGCAGGACGCCUUGAGCGACAUGGACUUUGAAUCGGAUGACGACGAGGAGAUGGAGGAGGCCGACGGCGCGGAGAAGCCCCCGCAGAAGAAGCGCAAGGCUUAGGCUGCCGGAGCUCAUGGAGAGGCGGCGGUCUACGAGGGAGGACGUCGGCGGACCUUGUGCGCCAGGGCGACGGCCCUGAAGAGGGCAUGGUGCCGUCGGUGACUUGCGCCCCAGUCUGAGUUGACGCUUGCCCUGUCCUUUUUUUCCCCGGCGGCGACUGGUUAUGACGGCGUGAUAGGUAGAACCAUGUACCGACAACCGGACAUGAAAAAGUUUAUGAAUGCAGGAUUUGAUGAGGUAG